AUAAAUUCUGAUUUUUUUCUUCUUCUUGCUAUUCAUUAUGUUUUUUUCAGUGGAUUCUAGGUGGGUGUGAACUCAGAAUGAUAUUUGGAGUGAUGGGUGUUUGUUUAUAUGCUUUGAUGACAACAUGGUGUGGUUUUUGUUGGAUUUUACUUUUCAGUUUGCUUUUGUUGUGUUGCCUUCACUAUAUUUUGUUUCUGGCUUUGUGGUUGUGUUUGAGGAAAAGCUCUGUUUCUGUUGUAGAAGCUAGCUGGUUCCUGUAUGAAUUUUGUUCCUCCUUAUUUCAUGUGGUAAUUGCUUUGUUUUGUUCAGGGUAAACAUUUAAAUCAUUUCAAUCUGUCUGUGUGAAGUUAUGGAGCUUUGUCUCCCUUUAAAAUUGUUGGACUUGACCGGUUUUCUAUUGGGGUUAUGGUAGGAAGAAGAACUCCUCUGAUAAUCCAAAACCCAUUCGAAAUUUUUUGUUCUGGAUAUUUUUAGAUGGAUAUUUUGCAUCCCUUUAAUCAGAAGCAGAGUGAAAGUUUGUAGUGAAAGAGAAAGCAUGUCAAGUGGAACGACAUACUGGUGUUAUACAUGCAGGCAGCCAAUCUGGCUUGAAAGGAGAGAUGCAAUUUGCCCUUACUGCGAUGGAGGCUUUGUGCAAGAACUAUACGAGCUGCUGCGAGCAGUUUCAAGGCAACAAGGGUUUUCAUCACAAAGGGAAGAUUUUCAUCAAGUCCCUGACAUUAUGGAUGCUGUAAAUCAUGUUAUGGAGCAAAGAGGUUCCGAGCCAAGAGUUGGAGUUAGAGAUGGUGUUGACAAUUUCAUGAGGCAGAGAAUGGCUGGAAGCUACACAAACUUUGACGUCAGAAGGAGGUUUGGUAACACCCCUCUUCCUGAUCAGACUUGGGGGGUCUAUACAUCUGGUCCUUAUCUCAUAUUUCAUGGUCAACCUCCAGGGUUCACUGUCUCUAACAACAGUGGCUCAAGAAGUGGUUCUGGGCAUGUUGAUUUUGGUCACUACUUUCUUGGUCCUAGACUUGAAGGACUCAUUGAGCAGCACAUAACAAAUGACCGGCUUGGUCCACCUCCUGCAUCACGCUCUUCUAUUGAUGCAAUGCCAACAAUUAAGAUCACAAAUGAACACCUCCAAUCUGAUUCUCACUGUGCAGUUUGUAAGGAAAGGUUUGAACUGAGUUCUGAGGCCAGGAAAAUGCCAUGUAGCCACAUUUACCACUCAGAUUGCAUUGUUCCAUGGUUGGUCCAGCACAAUUCCUGUCCAGUUUGCCGUGUUGAGCUGCCAUCUCAAGGACACUCCAGUUCCCGAAGUAGUCAUAGUAGGGGAGGAAGGAAUGGUAGUGACAGUAGUAGUGGCAGUGACAAUAUCUCAAGGAGAAGAGGAAAUAGAGAGAUGACCAGUGGAAGGAGGAAUCUGCUAUCAUAUUUGUGGCCAUUUCGAACUUCUAGUUCAAAUACUUGAUCAUUGUACUGAGACUGGGGAACCUACUCUUCUACAAGUCUUUGGCCUGUGCCAGAAGUGAACUAAAAGUUUCAUUUCUUCUUCAGCACAACACAAGUGUAAUUAGCUGUCACACAAUGAUUAUGUUUGUGAAGAUUGUGCUUUGAACUUGAUCUCAUUGAUGCUAGAUCGUAGAAAUAUGUGAAACUCUUUGUAUAUUCUUGGAAGCAAUUUUCGUUUUAUAGUUU